CCUGGGCUCACAGUCUGACGGUCUCUUUUCUAGAACGGACCCUAUUGUCUUCCGCCUGAAGCUUCCUUAAAUUUGGGGGCGAAGAGGCCUCUGCGGCCUUCUCCAGUUGCGACGACUGUGGCUUUGCUAUCUUUAAAUUUGAGGUUUCUGACUCUGACAGAAAAUUCUGAAUUGGAACGCACACUGGACGCUUCGGGUAUCCCGACUUGAGCGGGAGAUUCAGCUGGUCUGCGUUGCUCAGCAACGGCUCCGAGAGCUUCUGUUACUGGCUAGGGCUGGCCCCGACCCGGCUUCUAGCCCCAGAUCGAGGUUAAAGGUCUUGCCACCUGAGGGACCUUGGCACUCUGGAGCUGUGGGUUGCCCUCUUCGCAGACUAGCAGCGGCGGCAGUCAUGGGGAGAGAUGGCACAGGGAGAGAGCCCGACACCGCCGAAGUGCUGCCCCAGCACAAGUUCGACCACAAAGCCCUGGAGACCUACCUGAACCGGCAUUUGCCUGGCUUUGGGGCGCAGCCUGAGACUACGCUGAGCAUUACACAGUACAGUGUCCCAUUGCAAUGCCACCCUGCCUUGGAGCCAGCGGAUUAUGGAUUGAAACCUCUACAACUAUCAGGACAGUCUAACCCAACCUUUUAUCUACAGAAGGGCUUUCAAGCAUAUGUACUCAGGAAAAAACCACCAGGUUCACUUCUUCCUAAAGCACAUCAGAUUGAUAGAGAAUUUAAAGUCCAGAAAACCUUGUUUGCCAUUGGAUUCCCUGUUCCCAACCCUUUACUGUACUGCAGCGAUGCGUCUGUCAUUGGAACAGAAUUUUAUGUGAUGGAACAUGUGCAGGGUCGAAUCUUUCGUGAUUUCACACUUCCUGGAGUUAGCCCAGCAGAACGCUCAGCCAUAUAUGUGGCCAUGAUAGAAACUCUGGCUCGGUUACAUUCCUUGAACAUACAAUCAUUGCAGCUGGAAGGAUAUGGAACAGGUAUAGGGUACUGCAAAAGACAGGUAUCUACCUGGACAAAGCAGUAUCAGGCUGCAGCUCAUCAGGACAUCCCUGCCAUGAAACAUCUAUCUGAAUGGCUCAUGAAAAACUUGCCAGAUAAUGACAAUGAGGAGAAUUUGGUUCAUGGAGAUUUCAAACUCGAUAACAUAGUUUUCCACCCUACAGAGGCUCGAGUUAUAGCAGUACUGGACUGGGAGCUGUCAACCAUUGGUCAUCCUUUGUCAGACUUAGCUCAUCUUUCGCUGUUCUACUUUUGGCCAAGGACACUUCCAAUGAUAAAUCGAAGUUCUCAUAUCCAGAAAAGCAUAGGGAUACCGUCAAUGGAAGAACUGAUUUCAAUAUAUUGCCGCUGCAGGGGGAUUAAUCCUAUUCUUCCUAACUGGAAUUUCUUUCUUGCCCUUUCGUAUUUUAAAUUGGCUGGAAUAUCACAGGGAGUAUAUAAUAGAUAUCUUUUGGGAAAUAAUUCAUCUAAAGAUAGCUUUCUCUUUGCCAAUACUGUACAACCUCUGGCAGAAACCGGAUUACAACUCGCAAAAAGAACAUUCAAUACUGCACUGCCACUGCUGGUUGAUAGUACCAAACAUUUGUUUGUACAGACUAGAAAAGGCCAAGAAGUUCUUACUAAAGUGAAGCAGUUCAUGAAGCAACACAUCCUUCCAGCGGAGAAGGAAGUUUUUGAGUACUAUGUUCAAAAUGAAAAUUCAGUGAAGAGGUGGAAACAGCCUUCAGUGAUUGAUAAACUCAAGGAAAUGGCCAAAGCAGAGGGCCUCUGGAACUUGUUUUUGCCAGCUAUGAGCGGUCUCAGACAGGUGGACUAUGCCUUGAUUGCUGAAGAAACUGGGAAAUGCUAUUUUGCUCCAAAUAUCUUUAACUGCCAAGCACCAGACACGGGGAACAUGGAGGUGCUGCACCUGUAUGGAAGUGAGGAACAGAAGCAGCAGUGGCUGGAGCCUCUUCUUCUAGGGGACAUUACCUCUGCCUUCUGUAUGACAGGUAAAGGCAAAUCACCAUCCUCCCCUCACAUGAUCAGGCAUCCUGAAGUUACAGAGCCUGAUGUAUCUUCUAGUGAUGCCACAAAUAUUGAAUGUAGCAUUGAAAGAGAUGGAGAUAGCUAUGUAAUUAACGGCAAGAAAUGGUGGAGCAGUGGAGCUGGGGAUCCCAAGUGCACAGUUGCAGUUGUUUUGGGAAGAACUAAAAGUACUUCUGUGUCCAGACACAAACAACACAGCAUGAUUCUUGUUCCAAUGAAUGCACCUGGAGUAGAAUUAAUAAGGCCUUUGUCAGUUUUUGGCUACAUGGAUUAUUUGCAUGGAGGACAUUUUGAGAUCCAUUUUAAUCAAGUGCGAGUUCCUGCUGCCAAUUUAAUACUAGGUGAAGGUAGGGGAUUUGAAAUUUCCCAAGGCCGCCUCGGACCUGGCAGAAUCCACCACUGUAUGAGAACAGUUGGUGUGGCAGAACGCACUUUGCAGAUCAUGUGUGAGCGGGCAGCACAAAGGGAAGCCUUUAAGAAGAAGCUGUAUGAACAUGAGGUUGUGGCCCACUGGAUUGCUGAAAGCCGCAUUGCCAUCGAGGAGAUCCGCUUGUUGACCUUGAAAGCUGCCCACAGUAUAGAUACUCUGGGCAGUGCUGGUGCUAGGAAAGAGAUUGCAAUGAUCAAAGUGGUUGCUCCCCGGGCCGUCUGCAAGAUCAUUGACCGGGCCAUCCAGGUGUGCGGCGGUGCGGGCGUCUCCCAGGACUACCCCUUGUCUAACAUGUAUGCCCUAACACGAGCUCUGCGCUUAGCAGAUGGACCUGACGAAGUCCACCUCUCAGCAAUUGCAAAAAUGGAGCUUCGGGAACAAGCCAAAAGAUUGAGAGCCAAGAUGUAAGAGAGUAGCACUGCCAUGUCCAGAGGCCAGAGGGCUCCUUCCUUCAACCUUAAUCAGCUCCAACAUUUGAGUAUCCUAGAAGUUUGAGCAAAGGGUAAUUACUCACUUAUAAAGAUUUUUGGUAUCUAUUUUGUUCAGCGGAUUUUGUAAUUUCAAGAGUCACACAGCUAUAUGUUAAAUAAGAAAGACCAUAGCUAUUGUCUUUAGCUCUAGUACUUCCAUGGGAUAGCAUCUACUCUUUAAAUGCAAAUUGUGACCAGAUCAUGGAGUAAAUUGAGAGCUAUUUCUAAAGCACAGGCAUAGAAAAUUUUCACUUUUUGAUUGUCAGGACUUAUUCAGGCAAGUAAAUAACUCCAAAAACAUUUCCUCUUGCUUUGAAAAACAUAUAGUUGGACCACUUUUUAACACUGGUUUUUCAGGUUUAACACUCUGUGGUAAUAUUUGCACUGGAAAAAGAUGCAGGAUUGAUUGGGUCAUUUUAGAAUUCAUUGACAUAUAAGACUCUUUAUAAUCCAAUAGAGAACUCUGAUGUAUUAAAUCUGAAUGCACUUUAAAACUUACAGGGAAACACCAUUAUUACGAGAAAAUUUAAGACUCAUUUAAAUUAUUUUUAAAAUGUUGAGAACAGUGAAGAGUUUCAGGUAAAAGAAGUACUUUCAUUUUAAGAGAUAGAAGACAGUCUACUCUGGAAGACACCCUGUUAACAGCAGUGCCCUAUGCAGACACCCUCCUAGCUCUGGCCCAAGCCGCAGAGCUGCUGGCUGCAGGUGACUUGUGCCACUGAGCAGUUCGAGUUUUAAUUUUUAAAAAUUGUAACUUAAAUAUUGAUUCAUAACUCAGUUACUGGAAAAUCUUUUAAGGAUGCUUGGAAUAAAGUAGAUAUGUCAAUUCACUUUUUCAUAUGUAAGAUUUGUGAAAUCUAAAUACAGAUGAAGUAUUUUGAAUCAAAAUUUGGUAUCCAAAUAAAAA